AUGUCGACCGGAGAACACCACGAGGAUCUUGCUGAAGAAAUGUCAACUGCUCUUCCACCGUUAAAGUGGUCCAGAGAGACCUUUGAUGGCCGGAAUAAUUCCGGUGAAGAUGGUUCUAAGGGGGAAGGAAGACGUUCCGAUCAAGAUUUGAAGGAUGUGCCCAAUAUUACUUUACCAGAGAAAGCUCUUGUUGGGGCUGGUAUAAGUUUGAAUUGGAAGAUGGAUCGUGAUGACAAACCGGUAUACACCGAGAAUGGUCAUGUUGUUUCUUUAUAUGUUGUUGCCUUUAAGAGGGAAGGCGGAAGGAUAGGUACCAUUAAGAAGAAACCUGACGAGGAACUUUGGUACCAUCGUAUUGUAGGAAACUUUGCUCGUCCGCGGGAUGCGGAUCUGUCUGUCCAACCAACUGCUGGUGCUGGUGAGUUGUUGAAUUUGGGCAUAGGUCCUGAAAAGAAGAAACGUGCGGUAUCUUCUAUUCCUGCGCCGAAGAAAUGUGGCACUGAAAAAGCCCAUAAUUUGAAGACAAAGAAUGUUGGAGAGAAGAAAGGUAUGCGCCGUUCCUUUGACUCCAGGUGUGAUUAUGUGGUGGUUUCUGAUUCUUUGGAGGGUCUUACCCCUGCAGUAACUGUACGAGAGCCGAAACCUGAGCCGAGGGAUCCUGCUGAUAUUCCCCCAUCUAACCCAAGUGAUCCUAUCGAUUUGGAUUCUAGUCCCGAACACUUGGUGCACAGGAAAACUGGUAAAAGGAAACAAGCUGAUACUGAUACGGAGGGUCAACCUCCUAAGAAAGUUCAGAGGAAGAAAAUUACCAGAAAAGGGAAUCUUGACUCUUUUAUUUCAGAAUCUGUUGAGCUUCCAUCCACCCCUCCGCAUGCUUCUGGUGUUGACCAGUCGGAGACUACAGGGGUUGCUGAUGGUGGUGCGGGGAAUGUUGUUGAGGCUAGGGAGCCUGUUGAUACUGCUAAAGAGGCUGAAAAGGUUGUUGAUCCAGGUGUGGUGGAUGAUGCUGGUAAGCCACAUACCCCUGAAACUGUUGCUGACGAUCCUGGGAAAAAAGCGUCUGCUGAAAAAAUUCCGAUUUCGUCGCCUACUCCUUCUGAUGCUAUGCCCGAGCAAGUUGAGAAGGUGACGGUUGAAGGGCAAAGCUCAUCUGCUGAUGUUGGUAAGCAGUCUCCAAUUCGUCCCAAAGAAACUCUAGGAGAUUAUUACUACCUGACUUAUGCGGAGAAAGAUGCCUCUGACCCUCAUACUCCUGUUUGGAAUUUAAAGAAGGGCGACACCUUCUCGAAUUGGCGCGUGUGCCAGGACUGGAUGCAGGGAAUGCUUCCGCCUGGAGAAAUCAAGUUCCAAGAAUGCCGGACUUAUGAACAAACCUACCAAUCUUAUUUUGAAGAGACUGCUUCUCACGUGUCUACCACUCAUCGCAUAGUGCGUGAGUGGUAUAGAAUGCAUAAGGACCAGGAAUCCUUCAUGGUGUUUCAAAAGAAAUUUGCCAAAGAUGAAAAACGCUUGGCUCAGUUGAAGGCCAAGUUUGAAGCUGAGCGCAAGACUGAAGAAUGGUCUGUAGCUGGUUGGAAAAGAAAGGCGGAAGCUGAAGCUGCUCUCCUUUCUGAGGAACGCAAAAACUGGAGAAGAAUUUGCGAAAAAGAUAAUGCUGAGAAAUCGAACCUUCGUGACGUUAUUAAUAACCUUAAAGCUGAGGUCGAAAAAAUGAAGAAUCAGGAUGCGGAGGUAGACAGGUUGAAGAAGGAGAAAGCUGAUGUAGAAGUUGCGCUAGCGGAGGCGCGUUUUCAUAGGGAGCGCAGUGAACAACGAGAGGUACAAGCUUUAGCCACUCUUGCCCUUAGAGAUAAAGAGUUAGAAGAACUUACUGUUUUAGUUGCUGAUCAGGAACAACUUAGAAAAGAUCUGGAGCUUGUGCAUUCCGAGAAUACUGAAACCUCCCGCCGUUUAUCUGAAGCUAAAGAGAAGUUGGAGAAUUCAGAAAUGGCGCGAGUUACGGCGGAAAGCGAGCUUGAACCUUUGAAGGGCGACAUGGCUUGGUUAAAAGAUCGCGGUAUUGCUUGCGUUGCUGAAUCUGUGUUGAACUCUGAAGAGCUAGAUAAAACCGUUGCUCGUUUGGUGGUUGCUGCGCGAAGAGAUGGGUAUGCGCAAGGAUAUGCUGAAUGUUCCCAUCAUGUGAACAGCGCUUUAAAGGUUGACUGGGAUAAUAGUAAGUCUGCAACCUUUGGCGUGGAUACUGGUGCCGCGCUUGCUGCCUUGAAGACAGAGUUCGACAACUUGCAACUGCCGGUUAUGGAUUUGAUAAAUGUUGCGCUGCAAUCUGAUGAUCACGUAGCGCAACUAAAGGAAAUCUUCCCGGAUGAGGGUGAAGAUUUGUCAUAG